AUGAAGGUCCGAGAUAGGAGCGAAUCCUUGCUGUCAGAGGGCUGGGACUUCGAGGAGGAAGAAUCGAUUCGUGCGGAAAGUAAGCUGAGGGACACAGUCUGUGGUAGCCCAGUGACGCCCGUGGAAGGUACAAGUGGAGUAGGCGAUGCCAAGGCAGGACCGUCGAAGAGUACCACAGGAGAAGGCGAAGUGUUGGAGACAAAUGUGCCGAGCAGCAGCAACCAUGUUGCAGCAGUGAACGGGAAUGAGGAAGCGCUUUCAUCGAAGGAGAGCAUGCGUGGCGACGGCGUUGUUGAGAGCCAGGAGCUACCGCACGUGGACGAGGUGACUACGAUUGGAGUUCAGGGGAGCGAAGCAGGAGACUCACGCCUGGAGCGUAAUAGAUGGGAAGGGACUGAGCAGAUGAAAUCGACAGAGGAGAGAAUGCAGGAGGAGGAGGAGGAGGAGUUCGGGGCUUUCGACAGCCACGUGGAGGGGGAGGAGAAGCAUGACGAGGACGGCCACGCGGAGGAAGAGCAGGCGACCGUCACGGCAGCGCCGCUAGAGGAAGAGGAGGGCGCAGGAAGGGAGCAUGAGGAUGGGGGCUUCGGAGCUUUCGAGAGCCACGGGGAGGGGGAGGAGCAAGAGACCGUCACGGCAGCGCCACCACAGGAGGAGGAGGGAGAAGAGAGGGAGGGAGGAGGGGACGGCAUGGAGAAGGAGGAGGAGGAGGCUGUUUGCUUGACAAAGGGAGGAGGGAAGAGGGAUAGCUGCUGUAGUGAUGUUGAAAGGCUACCGAUGACAUUCAAGGGAUCUGGGAAGGAGCAGGAGGAGAGUUUGGUGGGAGAGUAUCGGCAAGCCCAGAACGGCAGAGGAGAUGAUGUCUUUGCUGAUGGUCGCGAGGAGGAGCAGGAGCUGGAUCAGGAACGUGAGCAGGAGGAGGAGGAGGAGAGAGAGGAAGUGGAUGAGGAGGAGCAGCUGGAACAGCUGGAGAAGCAGCAGCGGCAGGAGGAAGAGGAGCAGGAGGGGGCGGUGGAGGAUAAGGUCCCAGUGGAAGGUAACGCGGUGGAAAGCUUUACGUUCUUCGGGUCGGAGGGGGAGGAAGCGAUUGUACAGAGAGAUGGGGAGGAGAAGGCGCGAGGGAUGCAGAAAACCGACACACGGUUUGAAAAUGCGCGGGAAAUGGACGAGGAAGGGAAGGAGGAGGAGGAGGAGGAGGAGAACGAGGAAGAGAACGGGGAGGAGGAGAAGGAGGAGGAGAGGGAAGAAGAAGAGAACAAGGAGGAGAAGAGGGAAGAAGAGGGACAGCCCCAGGAAGAACAAGAGCGAGAGGAUGUGGAACAGGAAGCAAAACAGCAGGACGGGGAGACAGUGGACACCAAAUUGGAGGAGGAGCUUGUGAAUGGCAUCAGGAGCCCGGCGUGGGGGGAGGAGGAGGCGGAAGUGGCUGAAAGUCAGCUGCCGAGCUCGUCCUUCCAAGGUCAAGGAGUGACGUUGACAGGACAGGAGCCGGCGGAAGCACUCGAUGCUGGUCAGGAUGACGACGAGCGGGAUGGAGGGGACAUUGGAGGAGAAGGAGGAGAAGGAGGAGAAGGAGAUGAACCUGGGCUUGAAACCAUGGUACCGAAUGAUGAAGCGCAUGUAAGGGAAGGAGAAGCGGAAAUGUCUGUAGCAGAGAAGGAAGGGAAGGAGGAGGAAGACAAGGAGGAGGAAGCUUUCGGAUCGUUCGGUGGAGCAGAAGCAGAGAUGGAGGAACAAGCUGGAGGGGAGGAGGAGGACUUUGAGUGGGGAGGGACGAGCGCCUUUGACGACGCCGAAGGAGGCUUUAGUGAAUCGCAGCAGGGCUCAGGAGGAGGAGGAGGAGGAGGAGGAGGAGGAGGAGAGAGCGGAAUGGAGGGGGCUCACGAUGCUGACUUCGGGACCUUUGCGGGGGAGGACGGAGACGACGCGUUCGGAUCGUUCGGGGAGGAGGAGGGGGAGGAAACGAUGGGGUCCGAGUGGCCGGCGGGAGCUGCUGGGGAGGAGCGAGGGGAAGUGGAGGAGCACGUGGCGCGACUAAGUUCUAUUGAGGAUAAGGACUCCAGCUUGCCGUGGGUCAAGGACGUAGCAAGCAGCGUGCCUGUCUCUGAGGAGGAGGAGGAGGAGGAGGAGGAGGAGGUAGACGAGGACGAAGACGAGGACGAGUUCGGAGACUUCGAGGAGCCUAGCGAGAUCACUGAGGACGGGAGCAAACUCUUUGCGCUCCACCCUCCGCCGCACAUGCUUGAGGGCUCUCUCCUCGAGCUGUGGCAGAAGCUCUUGGGACCUAAGCCAACUCCUCCUCGUCGUCUUCAACUGCCAGACGUCUACUGA